UUCACUUAUUUCUAAAUGAAAAUGUCGACUGGAAAGAGUCCAGUUUCCGCUAUUUCCGUCGGCGAUUCGUAAUUCACGCGACUGCGCGUGCAAACGAGAUGGUGUAAAACGGCCGGAGAUCAAUAUGACCGAUAUUAAGAGACGCACGUGAACUCGUCUAGUUUCAUGCGAAUGACGUAACAGAAAGUAGCAUUAUAACACAAAAAUGGCCGGCGCCGUGUGGGCCGAGGACGAGAUCGGGCGAAAGUGGGAUCGCUGCUUCACAGACGCCAUCCUUAAGUUCGGUGGUGGUGUGAUCCUCGGUGGAGUGUUUUCUCUAUUUUUCUUCAAAAGAAGAAAGUGGCCCAUUAUAACUGGAGGUAGCUUUGGAUUAGGUAUGGCGUAUGCCAAUUGCGAGGAAGACAUCAAUGCAUCAAUACGUCAACAGAAUUCCAGAAUUUGUAAAUUUGAAGAAAAGAAAUAAUUAGAACAAAUUGUAAAAACAAA